CCUAAUUUACAACGAAAAACAUGAAAAGCUACUCUUACAUUAUCAAGAUAUCUAUUUAGUUGAAUGGCAACACUGGACUAAGUACUUAAUAAAGAUGAGUGAUUAAAUCGAUACUCCAGGUUUAAACAUUUCAUUGACAUGUGAACAACACAAAGCGUGAACUAUUCGGCAUCCGCGUUCUUUGAUUCGUGAACAAAGUGACGAUAACAUUUUAAAUAUAUAUCUAACCAUAUUCUAUCUCUACAAAAGUAAGUCAAUUACAUAACCUCUAAAGCAAUUACUCCAAAUGUAAACAACACACUUUUUUUGUAUUUGUAGCAGAUUCUAUAGUUGAUUCACUAUCAAAUUAAUUUUACUUAACACUUCAUUUAUUAGGCACAGAUUUUCACAAAGAAAACAUGUAUCUUUAUUUGAUAACUCCAGCAGUUGCAUAUAUACUGUUCAAGUCUUAUCAAAAGUGGACGUGCGGCAUGUACACUGAUCCCAUAAAAAUGAGCAACAAAGUCGUUAUCGUGACUGGCGCUAACACUGGUAUUGGGUUCGAAACAGCCAAAGAUCUCGCCAAAAGGGACGCUCGCGUCAUACUUGCGUGCCGAGACACAGAUAAAGGCAACGCAGCGAGAAAUCGAAUUGUGAAUGCAACCGGUAACAAUAAUGUUGUAUAUAAACGGCUCGACUUAGCAUCGUUACAAUCCGUGAGAGAUUUUUCCGAUGACAUAUUGAGCACAGAACGUCUCAUACAUGUUUUGAUCAAUAACGCCGGCACGGGAAAACUAGACAACAGGUUGACUGAAGACAACUUGCCUGUAGAAGCGCAAGUGAAUCAUUUUGGCCCGUUCCUACUAACUAAUUUACUGUUGCCCGCCAUAAAGGCAGCUCGAGGCCGAAUAAUCAAUGUAUCAUCAGUAAUGCAUUAUUUUGGCAGGAUUGAUAUUGAAAAUUUCAUUAAGCAAGCGAAGACUUCGUUCCAGCAUAGGCUAGUUUAUUCGAAUACGAAGUUAGCGAAUAUCUUGUUCACUAGAAAAUUGAGCAAGGAGUUGCAAGGUUCUGGUGUGACAGUGAACUGCCUACAUCCGGGGGCAGUAAGCACUGAUAUAUUCAGACAUCAAUUCUUCAUUGUCAGACUUUUAAUAAGAUUUAUCAUGAAGACCCCGUACGAAGGUGCACAGACAUCUAUUUACCUAGCUGUAGCACCGGUACUCGAAAACGUAACUGGAAAAUAUUUUGUCGAUUGCCAAGAAGUAAAGCCUUCGAAAACCGCUAUGGAUGAUGGUUUGGCUGAAAAGCUAUGGGAUUUAUCUGAAAGAAAGGUGCUGAAUAAAAAAAAAUGCUUCUCGGGAAAAUUAAAAUCAGAUGAAGAAUGAAUCCGUAGAUUGAAUUUCAAACUUAGUUGGUAGACCAAUACCUAUAUAAUAAUCUGCUGUCGCUCUGUAAUAUUAAUAAGAUAAUAAUCCUAUGGGUACCUAAUAAAAACGUUACUAAACUAGUCCAAAGCUUGUUUAUUUAAUUUUUGACUUGUAGUCCCAC